AGUAUCGAUCCGACGAGCUCAUCCGACAGACACCGUCUUCUCAUAUAUUAUAUACCAAUAUAAUAUCAACCGUCGUCGUACACAACAAAGUUUCUCAGUUCCAACUGCAAACAUCAUGUCUGGCUUUAAAGUGGUAAUGUGUCUCGCUGGAAUAACUGCCCUGUUGAUGAUCGCGGGCUGCGCUUCGCAGACGGUGCAGCCUGCACCGGUGCAGAUCGUUUCGCCAUCGCCUCCGUCGCCUUAUUUCAACGGCUUCAGACCGAACGGAGCGUACCCGCAACAGUACAUCGGCGGACCACAGCAACAGUUCAUCGGCGGACCCAACUUCGCACAGCGUUUCUACAACAACGGGCAAAACCCCGCGUACAACGGACAGUUCGUGCCGAUCUUACAGCAGUCGUUUGACCUCUCCCCGGAGGGCAGUUACACUUUCGGUUACCAGUCCGCCGACGGAACUCAGAGACAGGAAUCGGGAGGUCUGAGAUAUCCCGCCGUACAAGGAUACCCACCAGUAAUGGCAGUCCAAGGAUCGUACUCCGCCAUAACUCCAGAAGG